CAAACGAGUCCAGUCGAGGCUAGCGUUCUUUUGUCAGACAAUAAUUACCAGACUGCAACUUUGAUUUUGAGUGUUUAGCGCCAUAUUUUACCGGCACGAACAGAAAAAGACAGCGGCUGAUAGAUGACACACAGCUCGCAUCAUCUCCGUCUCUAAUUUUCCUCUGAAGAUUUGCUCUGAAAUCACAGUGAAGAUGACUUGCAGAAUGUUCGAAGAUAAACAACAUGCCUCCCUAUAUCAAAAAUAUCGAUUUGAUCCACCUGAUGAGCUGAAGGAGCUUAUUCUUCAGUAUCUGGACAAAAAGAAAGGAAAGCCCCAUCAGCUGGCCGUGGAUUUAGGCUGCGGAACAGGGCAGAACUCUCGUUCGCUGACACCAUAUUUUCAGCAGGUGGUGGGCAUUGAUGUCAGUGAAUCUCAGGUGGAGGAAGCAAGAGCAGUGCCAGGGUUCCCUAACCUCAGCUACAGAGUUGGCACUGCAGAGGAUCUGCCAUUCCCAGAUGGCUCGGUGGAUCUGCUGACGGCUGCGUCUGCAGCUCAUUGGUUUGACGCUGAAGGUUUUAUAAAGGAGGCUGUACGUGUCCUGAAGCCUCAUGGCUGCCUUGCUCUCUUUGGCUAUGGAGACAAUAUGAAAAUGCACCAUGAGUCCUGUGGUGAUCGACUUAAUAAAAUAUAUGAGGAAGUAAAGCAAAUUCUGCUGCCCUACACAAGCACUAGGGUAACUGGGGCCAACAGUAAGCUAAAGGACUUAUUUGAAGCCAUACCCUUCCCAGACAAAGAGAGGAUCGAAAUAAUUCCAAUAAAGCUGCAGCUGAGCAUCAAGAACGUAACUGGUUUUAUUCAGACGUUCUCCAUGUACCAAGCCUAUCUGAGAGCCGAUUCAAAUGCUGCAACUGCGCUGUUGGAGAAAACAGCAUCACGUAUUCUAGAAGAGUUGAAAGCGUCAUCAACAGAGGCCAAAGUUGACUUUAUAAUGGAGUACUUCUGUGUGCUUGCAUGUAAACCUGAGUGACACAUGACUCAGUCACAUGACCCAACACUACUGUACUGUCAUUCCAGGUGUUUAUAUAAUGUAGUUCCUACAUAAGUUUUAAUCUUACUUUGUCAAUCAAGUUGUUAACAAAUCUGUGAGCUUACACACAAUAUUUUUUUAUAAUUUCACAUGAAAUAUUCUGAAAAUAUAAACCACUUAGUUUUUCACUAUGUAUUAUGAUGUUGCAAAAUGUUACUUUGAAGUAAUUUACUUUACAACAUGCAUGCAUUAAUAUAAUGUUGUUUAAAAAAACAACAAUAAAAUCAAUGUUUUAUUUUUAUUAUUUGCACUUGUGUAGUUUGUUCACAUGAAUAGUAAGCAUUCCCUGGAUGUCACAAAAAUAUUUACUCCAAUCUAGGUUUUGUAAAAAUUUAAAUAAAUCUUUCCUAACACCCACA